AUGGAUGGAAAAAAGAACCUGCGGAGAAGUCCAAGGCUGUCAUCAACAGCCCUUCAUGGACUCGAAGCUGACAGUGACAUGAGUGAUAAUCCAAAGGGACCGGCAAUGUCAGGCUUCCCGACAAACAGCAGGUAUUUAUAUUCACAGACGGUACUUGGUAGUCAUUCUACUGAAUCUACUCUUACUGGAUCCAGCCAAGGGCUUACAAACCCAAGUGAGAAAGGCCAGACAAGUGAUAGUGAGGUGUUCACCAGAAUGUCAUACUUGGCAAUGGAGAACAACCGCCAUAUUUCACCGGCAAAUGAAUCUCGGCCAUCCCAAAAAAGCGUGCUAAGAAUGAUAUUGAACAUCCCAUGCCUCCUGCUAAUGGCCUUCGUCUCCCUCCCAAGAUAUUUGGUAAAGGCUUGCAUCUCCUCAAUAGAACUAAUCACCCUGCAGAAUGUCAAGAUGAUUUUCAAGAUACUGUUAUUGCUGAUCCCAAUCAUUUCAGCGGGGUUUUACUGCAUUGACUGGUUCUCAUCCUGGAGACUAAGAGAAGAGGAGAUGUCACAGCUGCAUGGAGCAGAAAUGAAGUCAUAUUGGAAGUCCUACAUCUUAUUAAAGCAGCAAUUCAAUGAAAUUGAAGACCUUAAGAAGGAGAUGGAUCUUCUGCGUGCAGAGCUAGACAAUGUGAAGAAUGGCAUUCUGCAUUCAGUUAAACAAACCCUGGAGGAGAAUGGAAUCCCAGUGGAUAAUAAAGAUCAUGUGCUAGAGAUGAUAAAUUCACAAUUUAAGAAGAUUUAUGAGGAUGAUGUUCAGAUGCCUGACUGGGCCCAGAAAACAAUAGGUGCUACCAUUGAUGCAAGCAGAACAUCUAAGAGUUAUGAACCCAGGAAUGAAGAAGACAGUUGGUUUAGUUUAUCAUUCUUGUCUUCUGCAAAUCCUCCAGAUACUAUUUUACAGCCAGAUGUGAGCCCUGGAAGCUGCUGGGCUUUCCCAGGAUCUCAGGGCCAGGUGGUAAUUAAGCUGCCUGAGAAAAUCCAACCAACUGCUGUGACAAUUCAGCACAUCUCCAAGGCCAUCUCUCCUUCUGGGGAAGUAACAAGCGCCCCCAAGGAUUUUGCUGUCUACGGACUGGAUGAAAAAACAGAAACAGAAAUUCUGCUUGGAAAAUUCAUGUAUGAUUUGGAGAAAGAAGUCAUUCAAACUUUCCAGCUGCAGAUGGAACUUCCCGCAUCUUUCAUCUAUAUAAAAUUCUCCAUGCUGAGCAACUGGGGCCACUCAGAUUACACUUGUAUCUAUCGCGUAAGGGUGCAUGGGAAGAUGGUAAACAAGAGCUAAACCCCUGAGCAGCAAGACAUGGAGUGAGGAUUCAGAAGAAGAACAGCAACCCCAGCCAUCCUGCCAGUUUGUCAACAGCACCUAGGGCUCACUCCACUUUUCCGGGACAGGGGGGGAUAUGCCAGAAAAAUAGAAAGGCAACUAAAGAUGACAGAUGAUAUCAGCUAACCACUCUUGUCUGUUCUGUCAAAAAUAUAGCAUAUAUGCAACAUAGAAUAAAUGAAAUUUAA